AUGAAUCAUGGGUUAGAUGAUGUGUUUAGAGUUAUUAAUGACAUAGGGUGGUCUUACACGGUGUUGCAUAUGAAUCCGUUCUGUCCUAGAGUUGUGAGAGAGUUCAUCUCAAACAUACCAUUCUACGAAGAUGGAGCUCUAAUUAAGGGAUUUGUCUGCCGUUUCUCCCCUUCGGUGAUCAACCAAUUGAUGAUGACACCAACCAUUGAGCACUCUUAUCAGUGGAAAGAGGUUGUGCUGAAUCAGGCAAUUGCACACCUCACCGGUGGUCAAUGUGCUGGAUGGACAGUGUUUAGUCUCAAUGCUCUGCUCGUUCCCUUCAAAAUCAUAUACCGCGUGUGUGAGCGUAGUUGGCUUCCAGGUCCGGACUCAGAUUUGAUGAUGAAAAAGCGUCUCCGCCUCAUGUAUGCUGUUACGAAACGCAAGCAAAUCGACUUUGGCCAGUUUGCGUAUGAACAAGUGAUCGACAUGACCCGCGUAAGAGACUUGGAAACGAGCUUGAUAUUUCCAAAUCUUAUUUAUCAGUUCUUAGUGCUUCAAAAAGAAGUCCCUCUGUUACCAGGAGAUGAAGAUCUUAUUGGAAAAGGUAUCCCCAUCUAUGACUCAGGAAGUGAUGGAAGUGGUCCAAGGGGACGUAGAAGACUUUGGAAGAGGAAAGAAUACGAACUUCCGAGUACGAGCGAGGUCACAUGCCUUAUCGUGGGUGAUAUGUCAUCAACAAUUGGAGAACAAGAUAUAGUGGUUCAAUUCCAAUCUGACACUUUGCAGCAUAUACGUGACGAUCACCCUCUAUACAUGAGCCUCCAAUAUCCGCUUCUGUUUCCGUAUGGCGAAUAUGGGUUUCACUCAGAAAUCUCCCUGCAUCUUGAGACAUGCACUUCAAGAACAAGGCAAUUCGUGACCAUAUGGCAAUACUACGCUUCUCUAAUCCAAACACGUCUUAAUCAAGGGAUGACGUUGAUUAAAGGCGGUCGUCUCCUCCACCAAUUUGUUGUGGAUGUUUAUACAUCAAUUAAGGAAGAUCGAUUGAGGUGGGCGAGGAAUAAUCAAGAAAUCUUGCGGGCCGAGCUCUACAGCAAUGUCCUUGAUGUUGUAAGCAAAGGUGACACUGAUGCUAAAAUUAUUGGUCAGAGAUUUAUACUGCCGCCAAGUUUCAUUGGGGGGCUUCGGUACUUAGUUGAGAAAUAUCACGAUGCUAUGGUUAUUUGCAGAGAAUAUGGGAAUCCAUAUUUGUUUAUCACGAUGACAGCCAAUCCUAACUGGAGCGAAAUUAAAGAACAUCUUGAGAAAUACAGUGGAGAUUCUCCGAAUGAUAGACCAGACAUCAAAUGUCGAGUCUUUAAGAUGAAGUUAGAUCAACUCCUCAAGGAUUUCAAAUCAGGAACUUUCUUCAAGCCAUACAAGGUUCCGAAGAAGUACGAAGCUCAUAUUAAUGUUGAAUGGUGUAAUCGUAAAAGCGCGGUAAAAUACUUAUUCAAGUACAUAACCAAGGGCGUUGACCGAGCAACAGCUGUUAUUGAGAACAGAAAUACAGCAGCUACAUCUGACGCCACGGGAUCCAAAGGAUCAAAGGAGAAAGUCGUCAGGCAACGCAAUGAGAUCCAAGACUACAUCGAAGCCCGAUAUUUAUCAGCUUGUGAGUCUAUGUGGCGCACUUUCGCAUUCCACAUACACAAAAGAAAGCCAUCAGUUGAGAAGCUUAUCAUUCACUUGGAAGGCGAACAUAAUAUUACAGUUAAAUCAACAGAUAACCUCGGCCGUGUAAUCCGCAAACCAGAUAUCGAGAAGACAAUGUUCACUGAAUGGAUGGUUUUAUGCAGAAGGUCAGAGUUUGCGCGGACACUAACAUAUGUGCAGAUUCCUGAAUAUUUUGUAUGGAACAACAAUGCUAAAGUGUGGACUAAACGUAAGAAAGGAAAAACCAUUGGCCGAGUCGUAGCUGUCCAUCCUUCAGCAGGCGAUCGAUACUAUCUGAGGGUCCUCAUUAAUAAGAUUAAGGGUCCUAGAAGUUAUGACGAGCUAAAAACAUACAACGACGUGAAAUACCCUGCUUUCAAAUCAGUUUACCACGCACGAAGCUAUUUGGACAAUGAUGUUGAAUGGCUCGAGAGUAUGUCAGAGGGUGCUCGAACGGCCACCCCAUACCAGCUUCGUGAUAUGUUCGUCACAUUCCGAAACAAUUUCUUCGUCGCAAGCCCUAAAAAACUAUGGGAACACUCAUGGAAAUCAAUGAGCGAAGACAUACUUCACAAGAGGCAAAGGAUCUUAGGCCACGCGAAUCUGGAACUGGACGAUAAGACCCUAGAGCAAUACACAUUGAUAGAAGUAGAAAAGUUGAUGCGCAUGCAAGAUCGCUCCUUAAAUGAUAUUAAAGAUAUGCCGAAGAUCAACCAUGUUUUGCUCAAGGAAUUGGGUAACAGUUUGUGGAACCAAGAAAUGGAUUACGAUGUUGCCGAGGAAACACUAAGACAUGACAAGCAGUACAACUUACUUAAUGCUGAGCAGCGUGCGAUCUAUGAAUCAGUCUUAGAACUUCGCUCAAGAAAACAAAUCGUUCUACCAGUUGCUUCUUCGGGAAUAGCCGCAUUGCUACUGCCAAACGGGAGAACAGCUCAUUCUCGCUUCAAUAUUCCGUUGAAGCUCGACAAAGAUAAGCUCUGCAACAUCAAACCAGGUACAAUGCUGGCUGAACUAAUUAAGGAAACGGACCUCAUAAUUUGGGAUGAGGCACCUAUGACACACAAGCAUGCUUUUGAAGCAUUAGACAAGACGUUGAAGGACAUAAUGUCUAUGAAAAAUCCACCCGUAAAAAAUCAGCCUUUUGGCGGCAAAACAGUUACGUUAGGUGGUGAUUUCAGACAGAUCCUACCGGUCAUUCCACAAGGUAGUAGAGCUGAUAUUGUAUUAGCUUCGAUAAGCCAUUCAUAUCUAUGGAAUAGCUGCCACAAGUUCUCUUUGAAAACAAAUAUGCGAGUCAAUCAGGAUGAGAAAGAGUUUUCCGAGUGGCUUCUCAAGGUCGGGGAAGGUCGUCUUGAAACAGGACAAGAAUAUGAGGAUGAUGCAUACCAUGAUCAAUUCAUAGAUAUCGAUGAAUCUUUGAUUUGUCAGAGUUUUGUUAACCCAUUGGAAGGAGUUGUUGAUGCUGCAUAUGGGGAAAUCAACAAACCAAUGAAUUCCCAGACUUCCUAUACUGAUAAAGCUAUCCUCACACCCCGUAAUGAAACCGUCGAUGAAAUCAAUGCUUACACCAUCUCACGGACCGACGGGGUAUCAAGAGAUUACUUCAACUCAGACAGCUUUGAGUUAUCAGAUACUACAUCAUAUCAAAAUGAUACAUUAUACGCCGUUGAGUAUCUCAACUCAUUGGAAUUCUUGGGUUUGCCUUCGUACAAACUAACUCUGAAAGUUGGUGCCCCAGUUAUGCUUCUGCGAAACAUAAAUCAGAAAAAGGGAUUAUGCAAUGGUACGUGA